AUGGAAAGGGACAACCAAACCAGCAGCGUCUCGGAGUUUAUCCUCCUGGGACUCUCUUCCCGGCCUGAGGACCAGAAGCCGCUCUUUGUCCUCUUCCUCAUCAUGUAUGUGGUCACAGUGGUAGGGAACUUGCUCAUCAUCCUGGCCAUUCACUCAGAUACCCAACUCCAGACACCUAUGUAUUUUUUCCUCAGUAUCCUGUUGUUCAUUGAUAUUUGCUACACAACUACUAUUGUUCCCAAGAUGCUGGUGAACUUUCUGUCAAAGAAGAAGUCCAUCUCCUAUGCUGACUGUAUGACCCAGAUGUAUUUCUUCUUGACUUUUGCCAACACAGAAAGUUACCUCCUGGCAGCCAUGGCCAUCGACCGCUACGUGGCCAUCUGCGACCCCUUCCACUACGUCACCACCAUGAGCCACCGCUGCUGUGUCAUGCUGCUUGCCCUCUCCUGCUCCAUCUCUCACCUCCAUUCUCUUGUGCUGGUUCUUCUGAUAAAUCGUCUCAUUUUCUGUGACUCCAAUGUUAUCCACCACUUCCUCUGUGACAUCAGCCCUCUGCUGAAAUUGUCCUGCUCCUCCACAUUUGUCAAUGAAAUUGUAAUUAACACAGAAGGAUUGAUAACUUUGGUGACCCCUUUCAUUUGCGUUAUCACCUCUUACCUCCGAAUCCUGGUCGCUGUUCUUAGGAUCCCCUCAGCUGCUGGGAAGCGUAAAGCCUUCUCCACCUGUGGCUCCCACCUCACCAUGGUGACCCUCUUUUAUGGAAGCAUCAUUUAUGUUUAUUUCCGACCUCUGUCCAGCUACACUGUCAAGGACCGGGUGGCAACAGUCAUCUACACAGUUUUGUCCUCCAUGCUAAACCCUUUUAUCUACAGCCUGAGGAACAAAGACAUGAAGCGGGGCCUGGGGAAGCUGAUGGGCAAGAAGUCCUAA